AUGACGAGCAGAAAACAGUUGCAUUGAUCAAGGCCAUCUUUGGGGAGCCGGCCAUGAAGCACAUGAUCAUCUUGUUCACUCACAAAGAUUAUUUGGAUGGUCAGCCACUGAAUGCCAUUUUACAGGAAUCAGAUGUGAACCUAAAAAACAUCAUCAAGGAGUGUGGGUCCCGCUGCUGUGCCUUCAAUAACAAGAAUGCAGAUGAAGCUGAGAAGGAAGCUCAACUGCAGGAGCUGGUGGAGCUGAUAGAGGAAAUGGUGCGGAAGAACGGAGGGGCUCACUUUUCUGAUGCCAUUUACAAGGACACAGAUGAAAAGCUGAAACUCCAGGCAGAAGCCUUGAAGAAAAUCUAUGCUGAGCAAUUGUAUAAAGAAAUCAAACUAAUAGAAGAGCAAUGUGAUCAGGGAAAAAUAUCACAGGAAGAAAAAGAGGAAAAAAUAAAAUCCCUAAAGAUGAAGCAUGAAGAACAAAUUAAAGAUAUAAGGGAACUAACUGAAAGGAAUAUAUUUGCAAAUAUUGUACAAAGGAUUAGAAAUAUGUUUUAAAGUCUAUGGCAUAGCUUUUUCAAAUAGUGUAUAUUUUCUUUUUUCUUUUCAGUUUGCCAUGAUUUGUUACUGUGGAAGAUCAUAUUUUCAAAAAAUGGUUAUAAUAGUAUCUUCUACACCACCUAUUCUUCUUAUAAUCUCAGCUUGCUUUUCCUUUUGUUGAGUUAUAGGAGUCUGUUCCACUGCCUUGCAAUGUCAUGGACUUUGUGACUGAUUUGGCAAAUAGUGAUGGCUGUGACUUCUAAAGUUAGAUAGGGAGGAUGCCUCCUUGCUCUCUGGAAUAUGUUUCCUUGGCCCUUGGCCAUCAUGUGAUGAGGAAGCCCAAGUUGUCCAUCGAAUUCACAUGAAGAAGACAUGAAAUCACUGGCUCACUCCCCUGGCUGCUCUUUCAUCUGCCAGCAGAAACAACUUGCCAGCCAUGCAAGUGAGGCAACAUGGAAGCAGAUUCUCCAGCUGCCAACUGAGCCAUCUCAGAUGAAGCUGCAAAGGGCAAAUAUGGGCCACCUCCACUGCAUCCUGCCCAGGUUUCAUGAGAAAAAUAAAUGAUUGUUGUUGCUUU